AUGGAAUUGUCUUCAGGGAACUUGUUGACUGUGCUCACGUUAGCCAGCGGUUCUGAGCGGAACCUCGAACAGCAGAAUGCUGAAGCGCAAUUGAAAAAAUGGGAAGUCUCUUCUGGCUACCAUUACUUGCUUCAGGAAAUAUAUUUAAAGACAGAGGUCCCAUUGCAGAUCCGGUGGUUGGCUAUUAUCUGUUUCAAAAACGGAAUUGACAAGUACUGGCGGUCUUCCAGGCAGUAUGCUAUCUCGAAAGAGGAAAAAGUGCAAAUCCGGUCCCGAGUUUUCUACUUGCUUCAUGAACAGAACAACCAGUUAACCGUCCAGAAUGCCCAUUCCGUGUCCAAAAUAGCCAGGUUUGAUUUCCCCAGUGAAUGGCCAACGCUUCUCGAUGACAUUGCCAAGAGUUUGGACGAAUUCGUGUUCAAAUCCAACGACUUGAUUUCUACCAAUAACAUGUUGAUAAUCCUAAAUAGAAUUAUCAAGACUAUAUCAAUGGUGCGAAUUGGCCGUGCUAGACAUGCCAUGCAAAGCAAGGCACCCAUAAUAGUUACCAUCUUGAUCAAAUUGUACCAAAAGUUCUUUCAAGGCUGGACACAGAGUUUGGAUCUCAGUUUGAUGGAAAUCUGUUAUCUCUGUUUGAAGAACUUGAGACGUAUCAUUCCUGAAGGAUUCGAACAGCCACAUAAAAACCAAGAUGUUUCUGAAUUUCUUGCCUCUACAGUUGACCAUUUGCAGCUGUUGAUACAAGAACAUGACAAAUACUCCUCAGAUUUGUUGGAAAGAUACGUCAAAUGCUACUGCAAAUUGUAUGUAACCAUAAUCAACAACAAUCCUACAAGUUUUGUCUUAUUGCCCAGCUCGCAGAAGAUCUUGACUACUUUCCUCACGUUGUUAGAGCAGAGAGCGGAGUUCAUCUAUAACAGCUCCGAAGAAAACGACUUCUGGGAAAUACUUGCAUUGAAAGGUUUCGUAAUCUUGAAGAAAAUUAUGGCUUACAUUUUCAAAAAAGGUGCUAUCACUUUGAAACAAAGAAAUGAUAAAGUAGAAGUAUCCAGUGCCAUCGAGAAGUUGACCAAAGAUUUCUUCACCCCAGACGUAAUUCAGCAUUUGUGUGAAUUGGUAAUAAAUUGGUAUCUUCGUUUGAAACCUUCGGACUUGGAAGGUUGGCUCUUAGAACCAGAAGAAUGGGUCAACGAAGAAUUGUCUACCAGUUGGGAAUAUCAGAUACGUCCAUGUGCUGAAAACUUCUAUCAAGACUUGAUUAGAUACUUCCUGGAUACUCUUACGGGCUAUGUGAUCAAUAAGAUCUCCUAUGGACUUGUGGAGAAUGAAUCCGUGGAUAGAAUCUUGAUGAAGGAUGCCAUCCUUUGCACUUUCCAAUUGUCUUCGAGUGCCAUUGCUAACAGUGUCAAUUUUGAUAACCUAUUACACGAGGUAUUCAUUCCAGAGGGCCUAAAGAACGACCUAGUUGAGAACAAGAUCUUGAAGAGAAGAAUCUGUUUGAUCAUUGGUGAAUGGGUGUCUGUGCAAUGUUCGAGAGAAAGUAGGAUCGAUAUAUACAAGCUAUUACUCAACUUCUUGCAGCCUACCAAUCAGAUCAACGAUAAGGUUGUCAAAAUUGCCUCCAUUCAAACGCUCAGAGCUAUUGUGAAUGAUUGGGAUUUCAACAAACACGACUUCCAACCAUUCUUGAACGACUUUGUCAAAUUGCUCCUUAAUUUAUUAAACGAAAUGAAACUUACGGAAUCGAAAUUAUACAUAUUUAACACUUUGGCAGUCUUGAUUGAAAGAUGCAAUCCUUUGAUGGACUACCAAACAUUGAUAGAUAUUCUUAGAAUCAUACCGAGAUACUGGGAAUCCAGCUCUGUUGACAACGAACCCAUUAUCAAAAAUUCGUUGUUACGAGCCUUGAAAAGUUUAACAAUCUCAUUGAACGAGAACUCAGCCGAGACGCAUGCCAUUGCACUUCCAUUGGUAAACAGCUGUUGUUCUGAAUCUUCUGAAUUAUAUUCGCUUUUGUCCGAGGACGGCUACGACUUGUGGUUGUCUUUGUUGAAGUACUGUCCUCAGUCACAAUUGAACAAUAACCAGAUCAUGGAACUCUUUGAACUAAUUCCAAGUGGACUUUUAAACUCUACUGAAAUUCUUCCAACGAUUUUAUCAAUUUUGAGAAGUUAUUCAUUGUACGCACCAGAGUUGUUUUCUAACAAGAUUUCGUUGGAAUUGUUCAGGGUCUUGGCUGGUUACUUGCCCAAGAUGAGAGACGAUGCCUUUGCUGUGUUUGUAUCCCUUUUAGACAUAUUGUUGCUAGAGAACUCUUCUAACGAGUCCUUUAUCAACAAUCUUCUUACCAGUGGAUUAUUUAGCGCCAUGAUUGAUUACGUUCUAGACGAUAAUCAGAGUAUCAUCUUGUGCACCAAGAUCUACUUGGUUCUCUCCAGAUUGGCUAAGAACUCGCCAGAGGUGUUUUUCAGAAUGUUGGAUAUUGCUUCAGUAGACGUAGAGAAAUUCUUCAAGACCUGGCUCCAGUACUACAACAACAACGGAAACCCACGUAACAAGAAGGUUAACUUGAUGGCGCUCUUAUCAUUAACUGCAUAUGGUGUACCAAAGAAUAUUAAGGUAGCAUUGGAGAUCCUGGCCGAGGUGGUGAAAAGAACCUUUUACUUCUUGGAAGAAAUAAAAGAAAACGACAACGGAAGCUGCGAGGCCUACAAUCUGGACUUCACAUACGAGGACAUUGACGACUAUGCCUACUUGGAUCCCGAUAUCAAGCCUCAUGGUGAGAAGAACAGAUAUGGGCUCUUACUUGAAAAGAUGGAUCCUGUGUACAAGACCAAUCUUUUGGAGUACUUGAAAGAGACGAUUAUGUCGUUGAAGACACAGCUUCUGAACUCCGACUUUAACCAGUUGAUGUCGUUAAAUGAUGGAUAUACGCUUGAUAAACUUCACGCGUUGACCUGAAUGAAAAUAUAUAUAAAAUACACAUAAUGCAUU